ACUAGAUCGCGUUUGAGAGCAUCGCGUAUUUUUCUGUCUAUUUAACUCCUCAUAGAUCAUAGAAAUGGGUGCCGGCUGCUCAACUUGCACGUAUGCUCGCGUUGCACCGGAGCCACCAGUAGUCCAAGUGAAACCACCAGGGGAUGAGCAAACACCUUGGGCACCAUCCAAAAAGGCCGAUGAUAGCUCUCCGAGCGCCACUCAGGUCGUCCCGUUAGAGCCGUUUAGCACUUUGCCGCAAGAUGACGGCACCGCUUAUGGAGGCAGCAGUCGCAAGCUGACGAUCAUUCAUUUUAAUGACGUUUAUAACAUCGAGGAGCAGGCGCGGGAACCUAAAGGUGGAGCUGCACGGCUCUGUGGCAAGGUUAAGGAAAUCCGACAAACCGGGGCCAAUCCUCUCGUCCUGUUCAGCGGUGACUGUUACAACCCGAGCCUAAUGUCAACGAUGACAUUAGGAAAGCAGAUGGUUCCCAUCCUCAACGAGAUCGGCGUGAACGUCUCGUGUGUUGGGAACCACGAUUUCGACUACGGGCUUGACAACAUGCUAAAGCUCAACUCGCAGUGCAAGUUUCCCUGGCUCAUGGCGAACGUUCUGGAGAAGGGGACAGACCAUCCGUACGCGAAUGCGGGAGUGACGUGGGUAAAGAACUGGAAUGGCAUCAAGGUUGGGGUGGUGGGGCUGGUGGAGGAGGAGUGGCUGGAGACGCUGGGUGCGGUCAACGUGUCGGACAUGGAGUACCGGGACUUCAUUGAGGUCGGGCGGGAGGCGGCGCGCGCUAUGAAGGCCCAGGGCGCCGAGCUGCUGAUCGCGCUGACGCACAUGCGCGAGCCCAACGACCGCAAGCUGGCUGCCGAGGUGCCGGAGUUCCACCUGGUGCUGGGGGGACACGACCACCACUACGUGACGGGCUUCAUAGAGCCGCACAACAACCUGAUGGUCAAGUCGGGGACGGACUUCCGCGAUUUGUCGGUCAUCGAGAUUGAGUUCCCGGCGGGCAGUCGGGACCCCAAGAUGAGCGUGGAACACAUCGUCAUCGACUCGUCGGUGCAGGAGGACCCCGCGACGAAGGAGAUCGUCGCCGAGUACAUGAAGCUGAUGGGCGAGAAGAUGGACGAGGACAUCGGUGAGACGCUGGAGCCGCUGGACGGGCGCUUCCAGACGGUUCGCAACCGGGAGUCCAAUCUAGGCAACUUCGUGGCGGAUGUGUGGCGCAAGGCGGCCAACGCGGAGAUCUCCAUCCUCAACUCCGGGUCGCUCAGGUCCGACAUGAUCCACCCCGCCGGCAUCCUCAAGGCGCGCGACUUCGUGUCCAUCCUGCCCAUGAUCGACAACACCGUGCUGCUGGAGUGUACGGGCGCGCAGGUGGUGACGGCGCUGGAAAACAGCGUGUCGCAGUGGCCCAAGCUGGAGGGGCGCUUCCCGCAGGUCAGCGGCAUGAAGUUCAAGUUCGACCCCUCCAAGCCGCCCGGCAGCCGCAUCGUGCCCGGCAGCGUGUACCUGUGGGAGUUCGAGUGCGAGCCGGAGCCGCUGGACAUGGAGCGCACGUACAAGGUGGCGGUGAAGGAGUACCUGGCGCAGGGCAAGGACGGCUUCAACGUGUUCCUGGACUGCAAGAUGCUGGUGGACGGGGAGGCGGGUGUGGUGCUGCCGUCGUCCAUCAAGUGGCACUUCAUCCAGCUGCGGGUGCUGAACAAGUGGGAUGACAUGAAGAUCUGCAUGCGCUCGCUGGCGUCGCGGUGGAUCAAGAAGGUCAAGUCCAGCCAGAGCAUAAACAACCUCGCUGGAAUGGACGCGGAUGCACAAGGCAAGUUCCAGAACAACUCCACCGCGGUGACCCAGGCACGGACUCACGGACUUGCAGUGACGCAUCCGGAGGGUGGCCACUACUGCAUUGCCCCACGAGUGGAGGGCCGCAUCAUCAACGUCUUGGAAGAGUAGUAGGCAACGCAGGAAUACUAGUUGGCUUGCAGAUAGGUGCAUGGAGAAGAAUGCAUUCAUACCCGAGCGCAACGUGUAGCAGGGGGUGUUCAAGCAUGUUUGUCACUGCAUAUCACUUGACGCGCGACUGUUUUAACUGGGUAUUCGUUACCCGUCGACAUGACUGCACUGCAUUUGUUUUAUUUGGCUGUGCGCUGCACAAAGUGUACAGGGAGACUGUGUGUGGUGUAUUGUUACCGUAUGCUUUAAUACGUCGAAUGGCACGUAUGUAAUGCCGAGGAGACGGCUGUACCUUAUGUACCUCGUUCGUUACAAUGCAUUAUCGGUGACAUGACGCGAUAUAUGUCGCUCAUUAAAAGUUCGGUAGCGGAGGUUCAGGUCCACUAGAAUAGGCGAGCGCGGGUACUAGCAGUGGAAUAGACAGUGACCGCUGUAGGUAACCCUUCUGCCCGUUGCCUUCACCAUGGGCACACACACGUAGGUUGGUGCAUUCUUGACAUUGUUCGACACUCGAGAUGUGGCCAUGGUAUUUGAUACCAUCUAUGCUAUGAUGAUCUCGUUCAUUUGCGGGGCCGGCGAAUUGUGUC